AUGGCAAAGUUUAAUGUGAUCCAGAAGCAGCGGAGAGCGAAGGUCCAGGAACGGAAGCGGGCGGUGCACGGGGAGCCGAACACCGGCAAGCUGAGGGUGCAAACUCCACCUGUCUCCAUCUCUGGCAAGCGCAAGCGGAAGCUCUUCAAGAAAUGGCGGAGGGAGCAAAAAGAAGCACUGGAGAAGGGGUUGGUCACGAUGGAGGACGUCGAGAUGGCGGUGGCUGAGGGAUCUCAAGGAACCAGCAAGAAGCCUCAGGUGUAAUUACAUUUGAAGAAUCGUUCGAAGCUAAAAAGGUUUGGUUUUAAAAGCAAAAGAAAAUCUUCCAAACUAUCAACUUCUGCACCGGUGGAUGCUAUGCUAUGGUGGAAUGAUUGCCAAGGAAAAUUGCUUCUAAAUCUCUGAUUGUCUCGUGCUUAGGUAUCAGUACAGGUAAAGCUGUUCGUCUUUGAUUUCUAACUUUCACGGCUGUAAGCCCUGCCAGGAAGAACUCUUUGUUUUGAUGCCCAAAGUAUUCUCACAAACCCCACUUUGUCUCCUCUUUGGCAUAUCCCCAUUGUUUAUCAUUCAUUACAUGCGGUAGCUAUAUACGUACGUAUGUAUGGUCCUCACAUCCUUUUACAUAGCAGCAUAAUACAUGA